CUCCCCCUCCCUCCGCUGUUGGCAGUUGGGGAGUCCGCGGGUGGCGGCGCGAGGCUCGUCCCAACCGUCGCUUCCCGACCGUCGCCCUCGCGCGCUCUCUCUCUGCCCCGCCCGCCCGCCAUGGCCGCCUCACAGCCGCCGCCGCCCCCGCCGACCAACCAAGAAGAAGCGGGACUGAACGGUUCCUGGGUAGAGUUGCAGAUGAAUAACAAUGGCAACGACAGCACUGGACGAAAUGGAGGAUUGGAGCAUGUGCCCUCCUCCUCCUCCAUCCACAAUGAGGAUAUGGAGCAAAUCCUUUUGGAUGCUCAGCACGAAUCGGGUCAGAAUAGCUCUCGGGGAAGUUCUAACUGUGACAGCCCUCCUCGUUCACAGACACCCCAGUUGGGUCAGGCAACCUUUGAAGUAGAGUUGCAAGGGAGCAAAGACAGCAGUACACAGUCUGAAGACGAUGCUUUGGAGAAAGACCGAGAGGCGGAUGUCAUGAUAAAGAGGAGCACUGAAUGGAUUUCUGACUGGUCGAGUCGACCUGAAAACAUUCCUCCAAAGGAGUUUCAGUUCAAGCAUCCCAAGCGGUCAGUUACACUGAGUAUGAGGAAGACAGGGGCAAUGAAGAAGGGAGGCAUUUUUUCUGCUGAAUUUCUGAAAAUUUUCAUCCCCUCCCUGCUUCUAUCCCAUAUUUUGGCGCUUGGUCUGGGGGUCUACAUUGGAAAAAGACUAAUCACGUCGUCGUCGUCUAGUACCUUCUGACAGCCUGACUGGGAUUUACACGUGAUCCGUGAAAUUACGUUGACGUCCCAUCAGUGCAUUUGAAUCGAAGGAAAAAAGAAGUUUCUCAAGCACAAAGCAGAACAUCCCUUUUUUUUUCACUUACGUGAAGAAAUUCUCUGCUUCGGGCUGCCAGAGCAUGACUUGUGUUUUUAGAGCACUAACAGGCUUAUUCACCACUUCCCCCACUCCUCCACUAUGACUUGUUACAGUAUGUGAGCCACGCAAUGAGUUAUAAUUGCCUUCAAUUCAUGGUUUGCUCGCGAGUCAAAUGAAUCCUGCAGCAAACCGUCACUUGCGGAGCAAUUCUGCUGCGCCUUUGGUGGGAGGUGAAACGAGGAGAUUCUUCUGGGAGGGAACUCGAUGGGCCUCUCUCCUCUCUUUCCUGCCCGUGUAUCUAUGUUUCUUUCGGCUGUUUAAAACAGGAUGUUGUAAAACAGAGUGAAAUUAACUUGUACACCUCGCAGUCUUAAGCACCAGGAGGAAGACACACCUUAUCUGAUUUUUGAAGUCCCCAAAUUUUCAUGCUGCGCAGCUGAUGUGCAAAACACUUGAACUGACAAGUGAAAAGAAACAAAAGUUUGACAUUGGUGGUACUUAACAGAAAUUCUACACCCGAUCUGAUUUAUUCCAGGGUCUGACCUUCAAGAAAUAUUGGAUUCUUUCAAAUUCAUAUUAUUCCCUCCCUAAAUCUGGGUUUUCUACUUCCCCCACUAAAGCCACAACAACAACUUCUUGCAUUUAUAUAGCGUCGUUCACGCCGGGCGGUAUCUCGGAGCAGUAGGUAGAUAAGCAGCCUUGUCCAUGACCCAUCCAGCAAGGACCUGGAUUUUUUUUUAAAAAUACAAAGUGAAACAUUUCUAGGAAAUCAAA